ACUCACUCUUUCAUAAGAUUUAAUUAUACAUGACUUCUCAACUUAUGAUUUCAUUUUACUUUUAGAUCACACCAACCGUCUAUAGUUUCAAGUAUGCCGGCUCCCUUACUGUCUCGAAAAUUGAGUUAGUUUUGUCACAGGUGAAGAGACUCUAUGGUGAUAAGAUAAUUGAAAUUGAACCGGCUCGAGCAUAUACAAAGUAUAUUUCAAUUGAUGCAAAAAAUAUAACACCCGUUGGUAAAGGACAUCGUUUUUUAUAUUUACAAGCAGGCCAAAUGUACGAUGAAAGUGCGAACUAUUUCGGGAUGCAUGUUAAAGAUGCCUGGGACAAAGGAUACAAUGGUAGUGGUGUUACAAUUGCUGUCAUUGAUAUAGGGGUAAUUGCGGACAUCAAUGACAUCCGAAAAAAUCUGAAUAUGGAUUUGGCCUAUAACUUCAUUGAUAAAACAACGAAUGUGACUCCUGGGGAAAUUUCUACGAAUUACAGAGCUGAAUCAAUGCGUUUGCUGAGUCAUGGGAUUCAAUGUACCAGCAUAAUAGUCGCAGAGAAAGGAAAUGAAUUGUGUAAUGCUGGGAUUGCUUUUGAGGGAAAAGCUGUUCCGUUCAAAGUAUUUUGGUUGUUGCAUGAGUAUCAUGUUUUCAAAGUACACACAGCAGACGAUAUCAUUGCCGCUGCGCUAACUUACGGUCUUGAAGACAUUCACAUCUACUCAAAUAGCUGGUCAUCGCCGCCGACAAAAUUCAGUCCACUUGGUUUAGGAAUGAGAGAAGCCAUUUUAUACGGAGUAACCAAUGGAAGAAAGAAACGUGGAUCAAUAUAUGUUUUUCCGGAUGGGUCGGACGGAAUAACAGGAAACGGGGCUGCAAACAGUAUAUACACCAUUGCAGUAAACAAUGUGGGUGUUAGAGGAACAUUGCUAGAGAAUCAUGAAGUUAGUGCAUGUGUGAUAACAUCAGGACUCGGUAAUGGAAACAGUCUUCAUACAAAUUUUAUGAUGACAUCAUCAUACAACAAUGCAUGUGUUGGAUCGUUCAAGGGUGUUUCUGCGGCUGUUGCAGAAGUUUCUGCUAUCAUAGCUCUAGUCUUACAAGCAAGGCCAGAUUUAACUUACCGGGAUAUUCAGCAGGUACUAGCAGAAGCGUCAGAGAGGGAAGGACUGGCAGAAUCAAGCACUUUUACUCCAAAUGCAGCUGGAAAGUAUUUCCAUCCAGUCUUUGGCUUCGGAUUGCUGAACGCAGACAAGGCGGUAACGAUCGCGAAAUCAUGGCGUCACGUUGGGACGAUGUUCAGUGAUAGUUUAGACCACGUUAAAAAACAUACAUUUCAAAGUCAUCAUCGAUACUCCAUUACAAUGAUGACGAUAAUAACAUUCAACAUGGAGGAAGAUCCAUGUCGUCACCAUGUGAAUACAAUAGAGCACGUGGUCUUACAAAUACCACAUGAUGUCAUCAAUCAGAGAGGUGUUAGCAUUGAAAUUGUUUCACCAAGCAUGACACCAUCUAUUGUUUUAGAUACUAAAGAUGGUAAAAAUAUUGACCAGGAUACUUCACCUAGACGUUUAGCUAGUGUUCAUUUCCUGGGAGAAUCUCCUAUUGGGUAUUGGAUGGUUAGGAUACAAUUCAAAAACCAACUAGUUGAAAUUCCAUUGGAAUCAGUGUCUUUAACUGUAUAUGGAACUUACGACGAUUCGAAAAGAAAUCAUCCUAAGACAUGUUCGCCUCCACCAGAAAAGCCACCCACUCCUAUUCAUAAAGAAAACGCCACUAAGAAAAAACACGAAACUACCAACCACCAUAGAAACACACCGGAAACUGAUCAUACAGCUCCGGUGAAAAACUCCGCGUCACUGCACGUACAGUCUCAACAUUUCAUCUUGUACUUUGUCGGACUUUUAAUCGUCAACCGUGUUUUACAAUAUAUGUGUAUUUCAUGAUAUUAGACAUUAUUUUGCUGUUUGUCAUUUGUCAUUCCAAAUGAAUGUUCUUGACGGGGGUGUUAACCGAGCGAUGCAAUAAAAACAAAUACAUGUAUUUAAAGUUGAAAAUAAAGGUUCGGUUUAGUUGAUGCUAUUGAAGAGAAGAGGUGAAAGGUUGCGCAAAAGAAGCGUGGAUUCAAUUUUUAACAUUAAUAAGUGCCACAAAC